CUGGAAGGUGCUCCAAAUCGUAUCGAAAAUUUAUGAUCUGGUCAAACGAAGAUUACUGUUUUGUGCGAGUCGAAUACCGUUCAGCGGCAGCAGCAGCCGUUUGACGCAAACUGGAAGUAAAUCCAACUUUUAGUAGUGACGCUUAUGUUUUAGUGAGGCUAUUCAGAUUGGUAAAACAUGGCAACCAAUGUUCGAAUAUCCAGAGUGAAACAAUGCUAAGUUUAGAGUGAUAAAUACGCUAAUUAGCUUGCGUUGUCAAUGAAUAUCAACGCAAGUUAUUCACAAUUCACCACCAGCAGCAAUUUACUCUUCAGAGUGUGCAAUUGAAUGAGGAAAGUUAUGUCUCUAGAAGAUGUUCUAGUUUUUCGAAAAUUUGUUCAUGGUUUAUUAAUAUCAACUUGCUUUGUUUGUUCGAGGCAUUUGAGUUGCUUAACCUAGAAAUUGAACUAACAUUUGACAAGGAUAGAAGUGUUUUCUAAAUCGCUAUAUCUGAAUAAUGAAAAGAAUAAAAAAAAACUGUCGGUAUACGACUUAUAGGGAAUUGUUUAAAAUUUUAUUCAAAAAUAUUUUUGAAAAAUAAAUUUUAUAUCCUACACUACCUACAGAAAAAAUCAUACAAAAACAAAAAGUGUUUAUAAAAUAAUCGGCCAUCUAAAAUUUUUUUAUAAUAGGUUUUUAAAUAGAAAAUUUAGUUGCCCAAAACUCUUUUAAACAAACCAAAUUUGACGUAGGACUACGUCUAUCUGAAAGUUAGGUGCCUGAAAUUAAAAAUCAAGAAACUCUGAUUAUCGAGGUUUAGGCAUCAAUCGACCAGAAUUUUUUUACGAUUGAUUUUUUGUAGCAGAAACAACCCAUUGAUUGAGAUACUAUUGAAAAAAAACUGUAACUGAUAGCGGUAAAAAUCUUGCAAUAAUCUUAUAACACUGGUCAACACAGGUGCACUCCCUAGCCACUAACUUUUUUCCAGAGACUUAAAUGAGUUUUCUUGUAAACAUAACGUUGAAGCGACGGACACGGCGAGCAAUUACUAAGCGAACUCUCAAGUAUGUUUUUCAAUAUUUUUAAAUAAGAGUUCAGACAAUCUCCUUCGACCCUAAUGUUUGUUUAUUUGUUCAUUUGUUUAUUUGUUUAUUUGUAAUGUUAGUCCAGAUAAACUUUUGAGUAGUGACAUAAUUAUGCUACGGAUUGAGCAACAAUGCUUUUAAUUGAAGGCGAUAAUUUCUUUUCAAUUUGGACAUAAUAACUGGAGGUUUUUGGGCUCUUCGUUGAAGUUUAAGUUUCAGCAUUAAACGAGUAUAGUUCAUUAUUUGUCUACAAUAAAGCAUUUGAAAUUUUAUUGGAAACAUAACCUAAACUUCGACUUAAUAAAUGAAAUUACAUUCACGCUAUCGAUACAGCAAAAACUCGUCCAAUCGAAUUGAUUCGUUAUGAUAAAGUGAAUAACUUUGAAAUGGAUCAUUAUUAAUCUGCCUACCUGUUGUCCUACCAAAACCGAAUUUAGGAGGAAAUUUGGAUAUAGAGCUCGGAAGCAAUAUUUCAGAGAAAAACUUCCUUCUACAAAGUUGUUACAUAUGAUAAAGCGCUUAUUGAAAAAUUAUAAAUAAUUAGGGUGACCCAAAUUUUCGAUGAAAUCAAGUAUCUAACUUUGUUAUCUUUGUAGGUAAAAGAAAAGUUGUUCUACAAUGUUAUAGCUCCGUUAAUUUUGAGUAACUUUGUAGAAAAAGUUUUUUUGCUAUCUACGAAAAUAACCAAUUUAGAUAGAAUAAACACAUUUUUCGCUCUAAGUUUUUCAUUUAAAUUUUUCCCUUAAACUGUCUUUGAACGACUUCUAGGGUUUUUAAAAAAAGCUAAUUUGCAAUGCUCACAUCGUGAAUAUCUGAAUUCGACUCAAAGUUAUUAAUGUAUUUAAUCAAAAAAAUAUGCGUUUUUCAUUUGUUUGUCAUUCUUUUUGGGGCAGACAAGAAAAAUAUAUGUUGGUCUCAAUUCGAAAGGCAAAUUUUUUGAAAUAAUGUCAUUUUUUAUAAUUUGAAAAUAAAAACUUAAGGUACAUAUAUACAUAAAAUACAAAGCCGUUUUUUGUGGUCACCCUAUUUAGAAACUGGUCACGCAAUGUGCUUCAAUUGUACUCAAAAUUGCAGAGAUGAUUCUUUGUCGAAAACGAUCAAACCCAUAUUUUUUCGUUGGGUCGUUGGGGCGAUUAACCCCUAAAUAGGGUUCAAGCAUAACUUUUGCCUAAAAUUUUGUGCAGUUCAGUUAAAACUGUGACAUGCGCUUGUACAAGACUCCUUGUUUCGCCGUCAUUUUGAAUAAAACUGAGCAAGCAUAAACAAACCAAAAUAUAAUAUUUUAACAAUGGCAUGAAGAAGAGAGAGAGCUUAAAGCUUAAAGUGAAAACAGUUUUUGUAAUCGGGAAACUAUUACUUUUUAUAGAAAAACUCCUGUGAUUUUUCUCACAAAAGACACUAACGAUGAUUGAAACACAAAUAUUUAUAAAAUUUACCUGAUAACUUCAUGGUGACAUUUCGUAGGAAUAGUUUUUCCAGUUAGUGACUGUGAAUGUUGUAAAGAAAAUAUGCCAAAUAUUGUUUUGAAAUAAUAGGUGACCCUUUUAUAAAACUUAUAAGUUAUUAACAUUGUCACAGUGGCUUCGGGGAAAAAUUUAGAAAUGAUCUAUGAUCAUUAUUAAGAAGAAUGUCUCAAUCUACAGAUGUCACCAAAACUAAUUGGUGACGAGAACUUAUAACUUUUUUAGUUCAUCAAUAUGGGGGCGGUGUUUUCUAAAAGCGAUAUAAGAAUAUAUUACAAAAUUAUGACACAAUAUGAUAAAACGUUUUUCUCGCAAAUUUUCAUAUAUUUUGUAACAAUAUUAUAACAGGAGUUACAUAUGAAUAGACAUUUGUACAGAAAGAGGAAGAAAUUUAAUUUUUCGUUUCUCUAAAAUAUUUAAAAUUCUCUGAAUACUAUCUAAAAACUAUUUUUUUUUCGAAGGCACAUUGAAAUCUUAAGGGGUAGACGACAUACUUUUUCCAUUAUCCAUAUUUUAUUUUAAAUUUUUGUUACAAAAAAUAUUCAAGUUCUAACUUUUCUCAAUUGUCACCGCGAGUCAUCAUCAAUACAGAAAAUUUUUCCUAUAAAUAUCACUAAGUUAAAAAUACGUACAGAAAAUAUUCUCCAUAAAAAUUCGAAUCUUCACUAAGAUGGCACCAACAUGCCAGGUGUGUGGGCUGAGAUACUCUCAUGUUGUUGAAUAAGAGAGCCUCAAAUAAUACUAAAAUUUUAUUUUACACCCGUUACAAAUUGGAAAUCGCCGUUUGUUACCCAAUUCAUUUUUGCCCAAUCUUUUUGGUGGCAUAUGAAUUCUGUGUCGGAAAAACGUUUUUUUUUUCUCACGUUAUCUAUGAAUACACCCAAUUUCUGGUCUCGAAAGAAGGAAGUGUUAAUCAGAAAAGAUGUUAAUCGAAUAGAAUCCUGUCAGAAUAAUGCAGCGGGAGAGGUGAAAGCAUUCCAGCGUUAUCGAAUACGUUCUGACGACGUUAACAAUACAUGGUCAAGCGUUGUCAUGCAAAAGAAUCAUUUUGAUGUGUCUUUUUUUGUAAUGUGGCCGUUUUCCAUUAACGCUCGGCUCAAAUGCACCAUUUGUAGUCAGUAGACGGUCACAACUCCAAUUCUGCGUCCACGAAUUUUUUCAUAGCUCUACGCUCUACGUCAAAUUCGCAAUUCUCGUGGCGUUAAAACCAUUCGUGACAAGCUCUUUCACUUAUGCAGACAUCGCCAUAAGUUUAAACAACCAUUCGACGUGCCUCGGCUGCAGAUUUUUUUUUUUUUCGAAUGAAAAGCGAAAAUCAAAAUUUCUGCUAAAUGACGCUUAGGUGGCUUGAAUUCUGACAAUUCGUCGUUUUUGCUAGACGUUUCUUGUGUGACCCUCUUUACCGAAUGUCAAUGCUGGGGUUGGGUUUUAAUUUGUACAACUGAUACAUUUUAUUUAACCAAUGCCAGCGUUAUAUAAAUAAAUUGAACAACUUUUGUUAAAUGUGUUUUGGCUCAUUAAUUACUCCUCAGUUUCACUAAUAAAUGUAAACAAAUGUUGACGAAAGAAGUUUGAACCCCCAAAAUCCGUUUAUUGCGCACCUCUUCGAUUGAAAUUGUUCAAAGCUUGAUCAAUUACCUUACCAAUUUACGAAAAAAAGAAAACAAAAAAUUUGAACAGCUGAGAUCCGUUCAUCGAGAGUAAAUAACUUUCCUCCAAUUAGUGUUCCUUUAUGUUCAAAUUACUCUCGAUUGGAUACAUCGUUUGGCAUCUGGACAAUCUGGAGCAAACAUAACCUAGCCCGAAAAGCGUAAACACAGCGCGAAUUUGUUAAAAAUCGCAGCCGGACAGGUACAAUUGGGGAUCUCAGGUGCAAACGGGAAAGUGCACCGCACCGUAUUUCGGCGCCCAUCUGGCAGCGCUGCUGGUUAGCAGCCUAAGAAGGGUGUAAAAGUUAUGCGCCCGGUAGAGGCAAGCGAGAGAGAGAACGAGAGACACGGUGUGGAUGCCCGCCCGUAGCGGAACAACAUGAUGAUGUGUAGUGGUUGUGCUUGUUGUUGGUAGGUAUGUGCUGUGCUGUGGUGUGUAGAGACGAAUGAGAGCUGCAGAGCAAAAGAACGAGGAAUAACCGUAUCAUGUCGAUUAAAUACAACAGAGUCAGCUCAGUCAGUUGAGAAGUAAUGUUAGAUGGGAAACACCAGAGCAAUGCAAACCGCGGUGUGGUGAGGCGAGAGCUUUGACCUCUAUAUAAUAUAAAAGUUGAAAUUGGUGACGUAACGUGUUGCUUGUGUCUGGCUGCCAGUGCUGUCUGGGAGUUUGGUGGCCAUUCUCUCGACUGCCAGUGGCGAGUCAAGUGCACACAGUGUUGUUGACUUCGAAGAAACAGGAAAUCGGCUAGCGUUGUCCCCAAGAGCGUUUAGCGCAACAAGAGCAACUGAAAGAGAGGCUGCUCUCUUAGUUCUACCUGAAUCGUUUGUCGAAUCGUUUCUAAUGGAGCCACAUCAUUUCGAUAUCAAGCCAAAUCUACAGGAGAUGAAACUGGAACCCGGAACGCAACAGUUCGGCAACAGUCUGGAUGACAAAACGCAGAGUCUGCAGCACCUGUCCUCACUAAGCAGCAUGAGCAUCGAGCUGUGCCUGGUGUGCGGAGAUCGCGCCUCUGGUCGGCACUACGGGGCCAUUAGUUGUGAAGGUUGCAAGGGCUUCUUCAAACGCUCCAUCCGCAAACAACUCGGCUACCAAUGUCGGGGGUCAAUGAACUGUGAAGUGACAAAACAUCAUCGCAACAGGUGUCAAUACUGUCGGCUACAGAAAUGCUUGGCUUGCGGAAUGCGAAGUGAUUCUGUCCAACACGAACGCAAACCAAUUAUCGACAAAAAGGAUGGCCAGGCUGGCCCCAACCCGAACAGCAAGUACAAUCCUCACCGGAACAAAGAGUAUCAUAACGAACAAAAGGCGAGCGCUGCGGCUGCGGCCUCCUAUCUGAACAUAUUUCCCGGUUUUAACCUCGCGGAAUUCACCGCGAAUCUGAGUAAAAGGGCGAGCAAUCCUCCGGCAGCAUCGUCACACCUUUCGUCUUCCGCAACAACAGUCACUCCAUCCAAUCCGUUCAGCUCCCUGCACUCUAUUAAGACACAGGAAGAAACCCGCCAACCAACACCGGCCGACUCUAUUGCAGCUUUGAUCGGUCUCAACACGACAGCCGCUGCAGCCGUGGCAAUGUCCGGCUUAGGGCCUCCUCAGCAAUCAACUGCUCUGGACUCACCGGAAUCACCAACAAAACCUCCACCACCGUCCACCCAUUCCCUUCCGAUGGACACCGUAGAAAACACUUCGUUGGAGAAAAACCUUAUAUGCAAUUCGCUGGAAUUCAUCCAAAACCUGGAACACGAGCUAAACAACAACGUGAAUAACAACUACGGUAUCAAGGCAGAAUUGAACAACGGAAGAGAUGACGACCAGGACGAAGACUGUCUGAACUUCGAUUACGGCAGCUUGGAGCUUUCGGAUAACUGUAUCAGUUUCGACAUCCAGGUGCCGAACGUGCUGCCCAGCUAUCUGAGUGCCCACUAUGUUUGCGAAACGGCAUCCCGGCUGCUGUUUGCCACCGUCCACUGGAUGAAGAAGAACCAUCUGUUUUCGAUGCUCAGUGACUCCUUCCAGUCGGAGCUAUUGCGUCAAACCUGGCCAGAACUGUUCAUGAUCGGUCUCGGACAGAGCAGUGGUCAGCUGUCCUUCAACACGAUCAUGUUGGCCCUUAUACAGUACAUGAAAACGUUAAUCCUAAACAAAAAGUACGGCAGUGACGUUAUCAACUACCUAACCAAAUAUGUCCUGCUAAUACAAGAAUUCGUCACUGAGCUGCAGAAGUUGAAUUUAACGGAUCAGGAAUUUGCCUACAUGCGAUUAUUGUGUGUAUUUAAUCCCGACAACAUCCUUCAGGAUAACGUAAAGAAUCAGCACCUGGCAAAGAUUCAGGACAUGGUACUUACCAGCUUCCGGGAUUACUACAAGCACAAACACAGCCGACUAGCGUCCAGCGAAAGUGAGGAGAAUAUCCGCGGCAACAACGAUGAUGAAGACGACUACUACGAGUCCAGUCACCAACGGCAGCAACGACAACAGCAGCGACGACUAAGCCUCGAACAGCGGCUUAUGAUGGUACUGAUGAAGUUACCUACGCUGCGUGCCUUGAACUCCAAACGCGACCUAGAGGAUCUCUUCUUCAGCAACCAGAUCGGUCAGGUGCAGAUCGAAAAUGUGCUGACAUACAUUCUGCAGACCAACGACGGGGCCGCCACUUUUGCGGGCUUCGUGCGGAACUAUUCCGCCAACAUCGCGCUUGGUUCUGGGGGGUCCCAAAUGGAUAGCGAUGACUGAUAGCAUCCAACAGUGCGGUUCACGGCUUUUACAGUUUGAUUUCAUAAUUGGCACUAGUAUUUUUUUCUGCGAAUAAAAGUCGCACACUGACAAAAAAACCACCGAGGUGAGCAGUCCGGGCAGACUUGGCUGCUCACUUCGCUGAAGGGAUGUGCCCUGGAAUGAUGAAAAUAAUUCCGAACUUAUAAACUAGUUGACUGAAAAAAAAAACGCAAAUAAGAAUUAAAAAAAAAACGUUGAAAGUGUCUAGAACCAAUUUAAAAUCUCUUCCAAAGUCUGCAAAAUUAAAGUUUUUACUUACAUACAAUGUAGGAUACGCAUUAUCUUGGAAUGUAUAUUGUUUCUAGUUGAGAAGAUAAUUAUAUCUUUUAGACAUACAUUUAUAUACAAGUAUUAUUAGGAACUCACACGAGCAACAAAUUAGCACAUAAGAGCUAGCUCUUAUUAGUAGAUUAUUUACUUAAGAACCAAAACGUUCGAGGACAGUGUAAUAUUCAUAACUGUACGGCAGCUGCACGGAAAAAGUGGUACGACUCGAUUCUCAAAGUUAAUUGUGCAUAGAUCAGGAUUACAGCGCGAGCUUCCAGAGAGUACUGCGUACUUACGGAAGGUCUCAACAGUUUUCCUACAAUAAUAUGUAUGGAAGUAGCAGCAUAGUUAUUUUUAAGCAAAAAGAAAUGAAUGCUGGAAUUGAUAGUACACAUAUUAUGUAACGCAAGAAAAAAAACCUGAUUGUCAUCCUUUCCUCUAAUCUCCUACGGUACAAUCGGUAAUGUUCGCAGUACCUCUACCUCAAAUUCAAGCAAAACUGACCAACAGUUUCAACAGUUUUCAUGCGUUGCGUAAUUUGUGCGCAAAGCUUGAAUCGAAAAAUCCUGACAACCGUAUAUUUUUUUCGUAAUUAUUCAGUACCAUAACGAAUAAAACUGGAUCUAUUUAUAAAGCA